UGGUACCCUUGGGACUUUUGGUGAUGGCCGUGUACCAUGGAUGGCUUCUAUUCACUUUCAUUCACAACCCGAAACGCACUGUAAUCGGCCUCAACGCCCACGCCAGACAGAGAUGGGUCAGAUCCAUGAUGGCUCAGUGGUGGGGAAAUGCUAAAGAGCGCCGAUGGAGGAGGGGCACCUCGAUCUGGUGCUGGUACCCUUGGGACUUUUGGUGAUGAUCGUCUACCAUGGAUGGCUCCUUUUCACUUUCAUUCGCAACCCGAAAUGCACUGUAAUCGGCCUCAACGCCUUCGCCAGACAGAGAUGGGUCAGAUCCAUGAUGACUGAUCCCCUGAAAAAUGGAGUCCUAGCCGUCCAAACCAUACGCAACAACAUAAUGGCAUCGACCCUACUUGCGACGAUGGCGAUCACGCUCAGUUCGCUUAUAAGCGUUGUCAUCAGCAGCGCAUCGUCCAAAUCAUCGUCCUCCUUAAUCUACGGCAACAAGACACCGCUCGUCUCAUCAAUCAAGUACUUCUCCAUCUUGGUCUGCUUUCUCGUAGCAUUCCUCUGCAAUGUCCAGUCCAUCCGAUACUACGCGCACGUUAGCUUCCUUAUAUCGGUGGCCCCACCUAAAAACAACCCGGAGGCCGUCUCAUACGUCGGACGGUGCCUGAACCGUGGCAGCUUCUUCUGGACCCUUGGAUUGCGGGCCUUCUACGUAUCCUUCUCCCUCUUCCUUUGGAUCUUCGGACCCAUACCCAUGUUUACAUGCUGCUGCGUCAUGUCCUGUUUGUUGUAUUUCCUUGAUUCCACGGUGGAUUUCACCCCGCAUUUCCCUGAUCACUUGGGUGGGAUGGAUGAGCUCAAAAUGCAUGAUGUUGAAUCCCCUCCAUGAAAUGAUUAAGCCGUUCAAAAAUGUGGCCCCCACUGAAAAUCAAGCUAGCCCACUUGAUCAUAUAGACCAGUACCGUAUGGCUGGGCCAGCCUGAAUUUUAGGUCAGGUCUACAAGGUGGGGCCAUCUUUUGCACGGCUUGAAUUUCCCACGCACGUGACAAGUAGCCGAUUGUUAAGCUGGUUGUAAUGAGAAAUGAUCCAACACAAUAGCUGUAUCAUAUGUUAUGAUACAGCCAUUUUUAUUUUUUUUCCGGAUCAUAUGCCACGUGUAGAAUAUCUAAUCCGAGGAAAAGGUGGGCCGCAUCAUCAUUGUCAGCUGAUAUGAAAAUCAGGACGAUCCACUCAUUGGUGGGUCACGCAAUACGCUACUCUGAUGGGAUGUUCACACAUAUGACGUUGGAUGGAAAAAAUGGCUGUAACGUAACUUAUGAUACAACCGCUGCAUUGGAUUGUUUAUCUGUCAUGUAUGUGAGUUUAUGCGAUGUGGGUGUAUGCUAAUGUGGAAUAAGAACUUUUUAGCCUUCUUUCAA